ACUCCCACUUUGGUUGCCUAACAGGGCUUGUAAACUAGUGGCAAUUUCUGAGUUUCAGCCCUUUCUUCCUUUCAGUUUCUUCUUCCUAAAUCCAUAUGCCAAGAUCUCCCAGACACGAGCUCACAGACCUUUCGAAGCAAGGCGCCGCUGCAUUCUCAACUUGCUUGACAGGAUUCUGAGUUCAACAAGUGAAAAAGAGCUUUUUCCUGAGUUCUCAGAAUAUACAUAUUCCAGAGGAGUAUUUUUCAGAGGUCAAUACAAAAAACAUGAACCUCAUUGGGUUUUUGAAGUCCCAGUUUCUGUGCCAUCUCCUCAUAUGCUACAUCUUCAUCGUCUCAGGACUCAUCAUCAACACGAUUCAGCUUUUUACCCUCAUCCUCUGGCCCAUCAACAAGCAACUCUUCAGGAGAAUCAACUGCCGGCUGGCUUAUUGCAUUUCAAGUCAGUUGGUGAUGCUGUUGGAGUGGUGGUCCGGGACUGACUGCACCCUGUACACACAUCCCGAGGAUUACCACCGCUAUGGGAAAGAAAAUGCCAUCGUCAUCCUAAACCACAACUUCGAAAUCGACUUUCUCUGUGGCUGGAACUUUUGUGAACGAUUUGGAGUCUUAGGGAGUUCCAAAGUGCUUGCGAAGAAAGAGCUUUCCUACGUUCCUCUGAUUGGCUGGAUGUGGUAUUUCCUGGAAAUUGUCUUCUGUACGCGCAAAUGGGACGAGGACCGGCGGACGGUCAUGCAAGCCUUGCUCAAUCUCCGGGAUUACCCAGAGAACUUCUGGUUCCUGAUUCAUUGCGAGGGCACAAGAUUCACAGAACAGAAACACCAGAUCAGUAUGCAGGUAGCCGAGGCUAAAGGUCUGCCUAAACUCAAAUAUCAUCUCUUGCCACGUACGAAGGGUUUUGCUGUCACUGUGAAGUGCUUGAGAAAUGUAGUUUCUGCUGUAUAUGACUCGACACUCAAUUUUAGAAACAAUGAGAAUCCAACCUUAUUGGGAGUCUUAAAUGGGAAGAAAUAUCAUGCAGAUUUAUAUGUAAGAAGGAUUCCAUUAGAAGAAGUCCCCGAGGAUGAAGAGGAGUGUUCCAGCUGGCUUCAUAAACUCUACCAGGAGAAGGAUGCCUUUCAGGAGCAAUACUAUCAGACGGGCACCUACCCGGGCACUGCCAUCGUGUCCCCCCGGCGGCCGUGGACGCUCUUGAAUUGGCUGUUCUGGGCCCUCUUGCUGCUCUACCCCUUAUUCCAGCUACUUGUCAACAUGGUCAGCAGUGGGUCUUCACUGACCUUGGCCAGCUUUGCCCUGGUCAUCUUUGUGGCUUCUGUCGGAGUCCGAUGGAUGAUAGGUGUCACUGAAAUCAACAGAGGAUCCGCCUAUGGUAAGGACGACAGCAAGCAGCAACAGAAGUAGCUGCUCCAGGGACUGCUUACCACCAAAGGCAACACGGGAAGACGCAGGACUGCUUUGUCACUCUCCUUGGUGGGACAGAAAGGGAGGUUUGGGGAGUGUAAGCCGGGAAGGAUCAAAACCUCUUCCCUCUCAAAUGGGGGUGGUCUCAACGGUCAGCCUGGACAGAAGAUGUACAUGUUAAAAUCGUUUCCCGCAGUAUUAUUUCUGUUUUCUUUUUGUGUGUCUCCCCCUCGCCCAACGCUUUGUGACAAAAAUAGGUAGGUGGGGGGGGGAGGGGGGUUCUUUUAUCCCACCAUUUGGUGCUGUAUUUCCUGGAUUGCCUAUAGCCCAUUACCAGGUAUGGAAUCAGAGUGCACUCUCUACCUAAGCUUUCUCCUUCUAAUGACCCUUCAAGGGGAGCUUAGUCUGUUGCCGAUUUGCUCUCCCCAAGCUGUCGACUGCCUUCUGACAGAGGGAGUUCACUUGGUUUUCUUGACAGCUAAUCCUUUCCUCAAGAGAAAGAACUGGUUUCUAACUACCAAAUACUGUGUGGCUCUCGGCAGGUUCCUAGGGGUCACCAUCCCCUCAGCUUUUUGGAAAAGGCAGAGUGACAUUUGCCACCCCCUAGCUCCCUGGCAAGACUCUGUGGCUGCCCGUGUCUGGGCAGGACAGGGCUGCUUGCACCAGGAGCUGGGCUUUGGGGUCAACCAAGAUUGGGGGAGAUGAGGUGUUCUCUCUUUCUUUGAAUACUUUCUGAUCUUUCUUUUUAUUCAUCUGCUCCUCCACAACAAGACACGUUUCUCUGAGGUAGGAAACACUAUCCUCCACCGCUCAGCGUGCAACACUUUUCAAAGCCUUAGACUCAGUAAGUGGCAGCAGCCCUCCUGGAAACUGUCUGAAUUCACUUCACAAACAUUCUUGGGUUGUUCCUUUCAUUCAAGCAGGUUCAGGUUGUUCAUUACAUCAUUCGGCCCUCCACGCCCCGAAUUGGCUUGCCUGGGUCCCUGGUCACUGAUUAAUCUGGCCAACUAGGUGAGACAAGUACUAGCCACCAUUUGCCCAGAUGAGCCCUGACUCUCCUCUGUUUCCCUCCCUCAAUCGAUGAAUGACAUUUAUUGAGUGCUGUGUGCAGAGGACUGUACUAAGUGUACCCUGUUCCCCCACUUGCUGGUUAAUACUUAAAUUCACACCCAUUACAGUCCUAGGCUUCAAACAUUAAUCACCCACCCCUUCACCUGGUCCUCAGAGGGGAAUGCCUCUUUUGAGGCAUGGAAUGGAGGCUGUGAAAGCAGUAGCCUAACCCUGAUCCUUGCUCUUCUUACAUUGGCUGAAGGACUACCCCGAUCCUUUGCUUUAGCUGUGCUGGUGAGACCACUCCACUGCCUCCUUGCUGGGAGUGAUAGAGAGAAAUCCAUCCCUUGCCCUGUAAGAGCUUCCACUCAAGUGGUGAAAACAUAAGAGCAACCAGUGAUUACAUUCUGGGGCACCGGGAACUCAAAACUCUUUUUCCCCCCAGUCGUCUUCUGAGUGGUGGAUGAAAGUGGCAAGAGAAUGAACAGCUAUUUUUGAGUCUGCCAUAGCGGUCACUGCUAAUGCACCCUAGGGAAGGCAAUUCUGAGGUGCUGCACAUUAAGUGGAGACUGGUUUCACAAACCAAUGAGGGAUUACCUGGCAAUUGCGUCAUUUGCUUUAGGUGUGCCUCCAGUGGCCACUGCUAAUUUUCACCCCAUGAUCCUUAUUUGCCGAGUGCCUUAAUUCAGUAUAUUGAGCCUGGCACGCUAGUGUCCCACACCCUUUGACUUCUUCCUGGGCCUGGUUCCCUGCCGCUCAGCUGGCACCAUCCCACUCCUUCCCAGAAACAAACGAGAUUUCUGAUGUGCGUGUUACCACCCCAUUAUGCACUCACUCUUACCCUCACAUGCAGACUGCCAGCUCAUCCCCAUCCUUCCAUCCCAACAGCCUCAUCUGGUCUGGGCAUCCAGGAAGCUUGUAAUAUCUUGGAAAAAUGGAUCCAGGCUGAGGAAGGAUGUCAGGGCCACUAGUGGUUCUCUUACCUGCCAUCUCAGUGUGGCCAGGGUUCAGCACCUUAAAAACAAGGUGCUCAAGUUACUUGCGAUUAAAAUAGAGAAAGGAUCUGUCCAGGAAGAUGCUUGAGGUGUGUUUUCUUUUUUCUCUUCUGGCGGUACCCUACUUUCUAGUUGAAGACACUAACUGUGGAUGAGAGCAGCGGGUUUAAGGGAUUGAACAGACUUUGAAACAGGUCAUUCCUCUGUUUCGGUCCAGGUACUUAUGACUGAACAGUCCACUUGAGUUCUGGUCUAUCUCUGCCUGUGGGCAUCACCUCCUUCUCAUAGAAGUAGUCCUAAAUCACUUUCUGAAUGACCAAUUGGGGAGUGUCCAGGAGGGGGCAGUUUCUCCCCCCACACCCUCAAACUGAUUGACACCUUGACCCUCCUGUUUUUCCUAGAACACAGAAUCGAGUUGGGAAAGGAUCUCGCCAAAAUGCAAAAUUCUUCCUGUUGUCCGUCCUCAAUCUCUGUCCAUACUGUUAGCGUGUUCGGCCUUAGUGUUUGCCCUCACACAACUGUGUUCUACAACUGCCUUAACAAAAGUAGUCUUAAAUUUGUUUACAUAAAAAUAAAUACAAAUGAAAAGCCAAA